GCGAAUACAUCACGAUUUUCUUAAUGCAGUUUAUACGCGUGACUCAUGUUUUUGUUUUAUGAUUUAUACGUUCUUAUUAUUAAUGAUGAAAUUUAAAUAAAAUAUUUAUUACAAAUAUCGAAUAUCGAGUUAAAACAAACUUCGAUUAGAGUCUCCGUAUGGCGCUUAUGAUUCUAACCUUUAUCAGGAUUACUAUCUAUUAUUAAUUUGUUGUUCCUCUUUAUUGGAUUUAUUUUAUUUUCCAAUAAUAGUAAUAAUGAUAAUUACUCUGAUAUAAACAUAAUGUUGUGAUUAAAUAUAUUAUUACGAGGAAUUUUACCAACCCUAAGGCACUUGAAAAAAAUAUAAUAUCUCAUUAACAACUAUAAUGGAAAUAACAAUAAACGAAAUUGGAUGGUUUUUGUCAAUGAAAUGAAAUUAUUUUCAAGCAGAGCAAUGAACAAUAUUUCUGGUCAAUUUCGUAAGACCACAUGGGAUCCUAUUCUCAUAAUAUCUCAAAUAGUGGCGGUGCAAUCCGUCAUGUAUUUUUUUCUUGGAAUAUGGAUUUGGAUUAUAGCAUCGCUUUUAGGCUCAACAAAUUCUUUGGACUAUGCAUUUCAAUACAAGGAAAUACACAUUCGUAAUUUUGGAGGACAAUUAGUAAUAGUAAUUUUUAUUUUAAACGCAUUGGUAGGUGCCAUGGCUUUAUGGUGGUUAGUACAGAGAACAAAACAGUGUAUGGACUUUGCAUGUACAGCUCAUUUGAUACACUUGUGUUGUUGUUGGGCAUACAAUGCCAGUUUUCCAACGUCGUUCAGUUGGUGGAGUUUAAAUGUCGUUUCGUUAAGUAUAAUGUGUGUAUGCGGAGAAUUUCUUUGUAUGAGAACAGAAUUACAAGCAAUACCACUCGGUAUGAAUAAUCAAAAAACAGCCUUGUAAUAAAGAAAUGUAUAUAUAUAUAUUAAUUAAUGAACAUGCCAGUCAUUAAUAUGAGAAUACAAUAAUUUUCUUUAAUAUGUUACUUUCAUUAUAUUCAUAAGUCUAAGUAUUUCUCUUAGACUAAUAAGAAUCAUAAGUUUUAUAAACUAUUUAUAAAUACAAAUAUAUACUACACGAUAUAACAAUAUCAGCACAGUUACUAUACGUUUUAUUAAUAUAAUAUAUAUUAGUAGUUUAGUUAACAACAAUUUACAUAUUUUUGACUAUUUGUAUUUAAUCUGUAAAUCAUUUAAUGAUCAUGUUCUUGGUGAAAUUCCAAUCCGCAAUAACCACAAGUAUUUGGACCUGGUUCAUCC